AUGAUUCAUUUAUUACUGGGAUUACCAGAUGAAGUAUUACUUCAGAUUCUUGGACAUUUGAGACCACAUGAUAUCAAUAAUUUGUGUUCAAUCCCUAUAAUUUCACAAUCAAUUGGUAAAUUCAUCACAGUUAUAAGAGAGGGUGAUUCAAGAGACAAUUUUUUCAAUAAUAUACCAUCUGAAGCUCAUGUUAUUCACUCAAAAAGGUUCAAUCAUUAUGAUAAUUUGGAGUCAUUAGUCAGACCUAUUAUGCUUUUUGAAAUUACAGAUUUUAGAAAUUAUACUGAAUUUAUAUCUAAAUUACCCCCUACAAUAAUCGAAUUCAUUUUUUAUUCAAUAAAUUCAAAUGAUAUAAAGGAAGGUCUCCGUCAAAUCUCUCGUGAUAUCGAUUUGGUGAACUCUACCCAUGGUUCAAGAUCAUUAAAUGACGCAAAGACCAUACAUAAGCUUCUUACAUGUCCUACAAGCUCUGAAAGGGACUUGUUCGAAUAUUUUGGUGCAAGAAAGGUAAAUUUAUGGAACCGUCACGAUAACUACUCAAAUUCAUUUCAUUUCAGCUCAGAAGUUGAACAACUUAGCCUUGGUUCCUUUGUGAAUACCAAUCAAAUCUAUGGAAGUAUUACAGCUUUACAUAUUGAAUCAUAUCCAACUCAAACUGCAUCGGACGUAUAUGAAAAAGUUGAAUGUACAUUCAAGAUUGAUAAUUGCUCAUUCAAUAAUCUUAAAAAAUUGGUGGUUGAUAAUGUUCGAACUGGGUUUAUUAAAAACUCAAAAUUUCCAAAGCUUGAGUAUUUAAAAAUUUCCAAAAUUGGAGAUCUGCCAUUUGAAGAUUUUGAGCUAAAAAAUGUCGAAUUUCCUGGAUUAAUUCAUUUCACUUGGUGUUCCAAUUAUAAAGGUCCAAUAAUUCAUAAAGAUGUUGAAUUCCCAAAGCUCAAAAUUAUGGAUUUAGGUGUUCAUGCUGUUAGUUCCAAAGAUUUGAAUUUCAGAUUGUCAAGAUAUUUCAUCAUUUGA